AUGGAUUCGAGUAAUGCUGCGAAUGUAUCAGACGAUGAAGAAUCGUUUUAUGGCGUUUUUGUGGAAUCUGAUGUUGACAACAGCAGCACUCCUAGAGUGUUCACUAAUUUUCAAGAAACACUUUCUGCAGUCAAAUCCAACAAAACCUCCAGAUUCAAGCUGUUCAGAUCAGCAACUGAAGCUGAACGAUUUAGCGUUUUUGGGCAAGAAUUACCUAUAAAACAGAUAGAAAAAAGUACACCUAAUGUAUCUACUAGUUUUACUUUUAAGUCUCUAAAAUCUGAAGAUCUGGUUGCAUUUCGUCGUCUAAUUGAAAGUGGAGAAUUAGAUAAGGUGAAACUGGCUGUGAAUUCAAAUCCGAGGUUUCUUGUUAGCAGUGGUGAUACACCAUCAAUAAUUCAAGAAGGAUGUCGGUAUAAUGCUAUGCAUGUAGCAGCUCGAUUCAACCAACCACAAAUUGUUCAUUUUAUAAUGGAGUGUGUUACUAGUUCAGAAUUUAUAAAAAGUUUAUAUGGUACAGAAGAGUCAUAUCUAUCACGAAGUGAAAUCAUCACGGAUUUGUACUUAAACACACCUGAUAAAGCUGCAAAUGAUACUCCUCUACACAUUGCCUCAAAAUUUGGCCAUGUGGAUGUAGUUAGAGAGCUUAUUUCAUAUGAUAAGUGUAUACUAACAUCUCUAAAUAAAUAUCUCCAAACCCCUAAAGAUGUUAUAUGCUCGAGAAACAACAAGGAAAUGUAUAAUGAUAUAUUACAUUUAAUAGAGAAUGGAUUUUUUGUACCUAUGUGGAAAUCUGAUGAUGAUUGUGCUCAACCAACAAUUGGCAAACCAUUUUCACCUAAAUCAUCAACAAUAAUUCCACCAUUACAAGAUGACAAUCUUAAGUCAUUAAAUCCUAUACUUGAAAUAAGAGCUGUGGCCGGACCAAUGAAUGAAUCACAAGCCCUAAAGUUUUGGAAGGAUUGGAAAUCACCCGUGCGAAAAACAUUAUUAUCUCCUUCACCAAAAAAGUCUCCAUCAAGCCCAAAACAAAAUGAGUUUAAAAAUAAAAGUAUUGAAAAAACAGGAAGAAAUUUAGCUGAAAAAGAGAAAGUUGGUUGGGCUGAAUAUUGGCCCUUCCUUGAUAAAAUAGUAGAUCUUAAAUCAAAUAGAGGCUUAGAUCUACUUGAAAAAUACUUAAGACAAAGAUUUAGUAUGAAAGAACAAGAUUAUCCUGUAAUAGCACCACCACGAGUUGCUUUGCUAAGUCCUAUGGGUGAAUUGUGUAAAGCAUUAGAGUCUAUGAGAAUUGGAGCUAAUCUAAAUAGACGAAGUCCUCGAGAAAAUACUGUUGUAUCUUAUACUUGUGUUGUAAAAUCUUGUAAAGUUUUAGCAGAACGUUUAUCGAAUGUAAUUAUAUCUGAAUAUAAAAAUAUGCUAGGCAUUGAAUCAUUAGCUAUUCGGUUAUGUCAUGAAGUUAGACAUUUAAUGGUUUUGGAAGAUAGCUUUUACUCUGAUAGUCGUUUCGAUUCAAAGGUUAAAGGAAGAAUUCAUGGAAGAGUAGCUGAGCAUCUUUGUCAGUUGUUAAUUAAUAAUUUGGAACUUGUCAGCAAUGUUUCUUUAAUAGUUACAAAACUCCAAAAGUAUUAUGCGUGA